UCGGGUCGGGGGGAAGGGGCGCUGGCGAGCUCCUCCGAGCGCUUGCGUGUCAGGGGGCGGGCGGGAAGCCUUCGGGAAUCUCCGCCGAGCAGCGCUCGGCUCCCCGUGGGAGGCACUGCUAGUAGUUGGAGGUUGGCGGCGCGUGAGGGCGGUGGUGUCCCAGGGGUGCUAGCCCCGAGUGAGCCAGCCUGGCCGCGGCGGUCGCGCGCUCCGCCUCCUCCUCCCCUCCGUGGUGCUGGUUGCAGUGAUUGGAGUCCUGCUCCCCCUCCCGCACACAGAGGGCUCUGGCCGGGCGUCGGGAUUGCGCCGUGUCCCCUCUCCUCGCGCCCCCGCCUUCACCCCCACCGUCUAGCCGAGCCGUGUGAGGCCAGGAGCCGCUCGCAGUGUGACACGGGGAGCGACCCCCAGCGAAGAGAAUGACGGACCCCUGCGACGGAUUAAUAGAAAUAUGCAUUGCUGUAAUAUCAUAUUGGAAUUGAUGAAGUGGAAAUACAGAUGAAGACAGUCUGAAGAAGAUUUUACAUAAAAUAUAGUUUCAUCCAACUCCCCAACUGAGGAGACAAGUUGGAAUAUUUAUUAAAUCAUCACUACUGUCAGCCACCAAAUCUCAUUAGGCUUCACUGAACAAACCAAGUUUAAAAUUUGUCAAGCAGCAGGGCCAGUUGCUAAGGGUGACAGUGCACGGGAAGGAUUAAAAGUGAACAAUGACUCAACUGAAACUAUACGUCAGAUUACUAGGAGCCUAUCUGUUCAUCAGUCUUCAUAUUCAAGGGCAAAAUCUAGACAGCAUGCUCCAUGGCACGGGAAUGAAGACAAAUCCUGACCAGAAGAAACAGGCAAAUGGGGUAACAUUGGCUCCAGAGGACACCUUACCUUUUCUACAGUGCUACUGUUCAGGACAUUGUCCGGAUGAUGCUAUUAAUAACACAUGCAUAACUAACGGGCAUUGCUUUGCCAUUGUUGAAGAAGAUGAACAUGGAGAACCCAUGCUUGCUUCAGGUUGCAUGAAGUAUGAAGGUUCAGAUUUUCAGUGCAAGGAUUCCCCAAAAGCACAGCUACGUCGGACAAUUGAAUGCUGUCGAACUGAUUUCUGCAAUCGGGAUCUACAGCCCACACUACCCCCACUUGGUAGUACAGAUGGACUUUUUGAUGGCAGCGUUCGUUGGAUGGCAGUGCUGAUUUCUAUGGCAGUCUGCAUCAUUGUUAUGAUCAUCUUAUUUAGCUGCUUUUGUUACAAACAUUACUGUAGAUGGGUAGCAAAGAGACGUUGUUAUAAUCGUGAUCUGGAGCAAGAUGAAGCAUUUAUUCCAGCUGGGGAGUCAUUAAAGGAUCUUAUUGACCAGUCACAGAGUUCUGGCAGUGGAUCAGGACUACCUUUGUUGGUUCAGCGCACUAUUGCCAAACAGAUUCAGAUGGUGCGGCAAGUUGGGAAAGGGCGAUAUGGUGAAGUGUGGAUGGGUAAAUGGCGAGGUGAAAAAGUGGCAGUCAAAGUAUUCUUUACCACUGAGGAAGCCAGUUGGUUCCGAGAAACUGAGAUUUACCAGACUGUUUUAAUGCGUCAUGAAAACAUACUGGGUUUUAUAGCAGCUGAUAUUAAAGGCACAGGUUCCUGGACACAACUUUACUUGAUUACAGAUUACCAUGAAAAUGGAUCCUUGUAUGACUUCCUGAAAUGUGCCACACUUGACAACAGGGCUUUGCUCAAACUGGCUUAUUCUGCUGCAUGUGGUCUGUGCCAUCUACACACAGAAAUUUAUGGGACACAAGGCAAGCCUGCUAUUGCACACAGGGACCUGAAGAGUAAAAAUAUCUUGAUAAAGAAAAAUGGAAGCUGCUGUAUUGCUGACCUGGGCCUUGCAGUCAAAUUUAACAGUGAUACGAAUGAAGUUGAUGUCCCUUUGAAUACUAGAGUGGGAACAAAACGUUACAUGGCCCCAGAAGUCCUAGAUGAAAGCCUAAAUAAAAAUCAUUUCCAGCCAUAUAUCAUGGCUGACAUCUACAGUUUUGGCUUGAUCAUUUGGGAAAUGGCUCGGUGUUGUGUCACAGGAGGUAUUGUUGAAGAGUACCAGCUGCCAUAUUAUGACAUGGUGCCGAAUGAUCCAUCUUAUGAAGAUAUGAGAGAGGUGGUGUGCGUCAAGCGCCUACGCCCAGUGGUAUCUAACAGAUGGAAUAGCGAUGAAUGUUUAAGAGCAGUGUUGAAGUUAAUGUCUGAAUGCUGGGCCCACAAUCCUGCCUCUAGACUUACAGCUUUGAGGAUCAAGAAGACACUUGCCAAGAUGGUUGAAUCACAAGAUGUAAAGAUUUGACAGAAUAAUAUAGUACUGAGGAGCAGAGUUGGACUCCUAGAACUUUUCACCCUGAUAAGGGUGGGAACUAAGUGGGAAGAAGAAGCAACUGAGAUUCAGUCCACUUCCUCAUCUUACUUUUACAGGCUGCUAAUAUUAAAUCUUUCAGUACUUUGUAGAAUAUAAUGCUGAAAGUCUCUGUACACUACAUGCUACAUAUAUGGACAGCCUUGUUUUAAAUAUGCGUAUCAUUUUUGUUUUAAGCUGCAUUGAGACUUCAGUCACACUUAGUGAGUCUCCAGUGAAACUCUGGGUACUAAAUUGCAUGUUCAGAGUACAGUGCUUUCUGUGAAAGCCUUAAGAAGCUAAAUGGAUUCAACAGAGAUGGAGAAAUAUAAGCUUUUUGCCUUCUACCUGAUAAAAACCUAGUUGGUUCAUACCAAGUCUUUUUGAAAUAGCCUGUAGGUUAGGAAUCUGUUUGAAAUACUACUCAGUUUAACAGUUCCUAUGCCUUUUAUGGGUCUUUUAUGUGUGUGCCAGGAUUCUUUGACUGCCAUUUGGGAUAGAUCUUUAAAUUCACAGACUUAUGGUCAGGGCCCCGUAUGUUCCCUGAUUCCACAGUUACAGGAUUUGCCACAGAAUUCAUCCCUCGACACAGAAUUGUGCUCCAGAAUCUCAAUUUUCAUGUUGAAAUAGUUACAUUUCUGUGCUGUUUUGGUUGCAAAGAGAACCUCAGAAAUGUGAACAGUGUAAACCAAUAUCCAUCUGAGGGCUUGUCUACACGGUGCAGCAAUGCAUACACUAGAGGGGUGUGAUUUCUAAAGUAUACUGGCUGAUCCAUGUAACCCUGCUGGCACACACUAUAAGUUCCCCUAGGGUGCUUCAUAUACCUGCUGCUUGUUAACAUGCACUAGGAAACUUUUUAGUGCAUGCCAGCAGGGUUGUUGCAGGCCAGUAAGUGUGCAGCACAUAAGUGCACUUCAUAGAAAUCACACUUCUCUAGUGUGCAUUGCCUUGCUGUGGAGACAAGCCCUGAGUCUGCAAAGAGCCUGAAACAGUGACUGAGGUGUGAUCUGCCUCAGUCAUCUCACUUGGGGCCCAGUAUGCUCCAUGAUUGUGUGGUUGUGGAAUUUGGCUUUUUUCGAGGUACCGCAGAAGUCAGCAUUUUUGUUGUAGACUGCACCAUUUUGCAGCAGCCAGACCUUUGGCUUUCUGUUUUGCCUCUCUGCCCUGCUGGGACCUGUCUGCAGCUGCUUCAUGCUUUGCGUCUUUCCCCAUGAGAGGGAAUUAAAUGGAUUGCAUUGCAUGCUCCUUUCACUAUUCUAUAGAACCAGAUAGGAGGGGAGGUCUGAGAGCCAGAGCUGGAGUCCAGUUUGCAGAUAGGGCCCACUCACAGAAGUGCAGGCUGGGCAGCUAGGAAACUGAGAGAAUAUAGUGUCAUCCAAGACCUGGGGAACUGAGAUGAACCGCUGAAGCUGACUGACAUGCAUGAGGCAGGCAAAGGAGAUUCUGAGCUAGAUCACCUUAACAGCAUAGUUACUGCUGAAGAUUUUAGAGCUGGGCCAUCUAGAGGACACAAUGAAAAAACAUAAUCAAAUACUGUCAUUCCUGAAAAUUGUCACUGACAAAUGGUAAAUCAGUGAGUAUUUUCAACUGAAUCGGAUGUGUGUUGUUGGGUAUGGGAGAUAUGGGAUUGAAAGGUGUUUUAAUGGAGGUACAAUAAAUUAACAUUGCUGCAGGAUUUGGUCAAGGGUUUCUGUAUUAUACGCAGUGAUGUGCAUAUGAUUCUGUACUGCAGCGACUGGCUAGUUAUAUGAAAGCCAUUUGGCUUGCACAGGAAAUCAAAUUUCUGCUCUUUUUUUUGUUGAUCAAGACAGGUUUGUAUAAAAGGCCAAAAAAACUAAAAUGGUUAGUGUAAAAUUGGGCCAUUAGUUAUAUACCAUUAAUUUUGUCACUAUCAGUUUGAAGUCAGAAAAAGCAACAUAACUCAAGUUUAAACUCCAAUGCUGUGAAUCUUGCUGAAGAUUAAAAACACAAUAUUGGAGCAGUUCAGUUAAACCUAAUUUAAGUGCCUCUAACCUUGUACUGUAACCUUGUUCUAGAUAAUUUUUAAAAGGGAAGGUAUUUAUAUAGUGUGUAAUGUGCUCUAUUUUAAAACACCUGGUCAUAGGUAAAUGUGCACACACAUGCUAUAGCUCAGAUUUGGAGGGGGAAAAAUUUUUGGAAAAAUGUUGACAUUCGUCAGACAUAGUGAUUUCAUAUUAAGAUUUUUGAUAAAUUAUCUGUCGUCUUAAAAUGGGUACAUGGAGACUGCUUUGAAAUUGUGUUAAAAUGUCCUUUGAAAAUACAAUAGAAAAUGUAACUUAAUGAAGUUCCAAUAUGCAUUUGUGAACAACUAUCUAACACUGGGUUUUUUCACUUCUGUUCCAUAGUUUGCAAAAAGUAAGUGGUCAGGCAAAAGACUGCAGAAUUUUUUAUUUUCUGUUGUGAUGUACAGACGUUAUUUAACAAUGCUACAUAUUUUAUAGAAAACUAGUUAUUUCAAGGGACAUUUCUUUUUUAAAAUAAAGUCAUUACUUUUGUUCAUUAAAGCCUUUAAGUAUUAAUAUGUAUUCUGGUUGAACAAUUCAUGGGUGUGUCAAGUAUAAUUUUAACUUAUUUGAAGACAGCAGUAGAUGAUAGUGUGCCAUAAUUCUUAUGAAAAAAAAGGGGGGGGCUUUAAAAAAUUUUUCCGUCCAUUGUCAAGAAAGAUAUAAGAUGAGGCUGAAGUUGUUAAGCAUGUCUUUGUGCAUUAGUUUGCACAGUACUCCUGGGGGAGUUCUGUGCCAAAGAAUUAAAAAUUCUGCACACACUAUUUUAAAACUCUGCAAAAUUCUGCAUAUUUUAUUUGUUAAUAUAACACAAUAUAAUCACGCUGGUUUCAAUUAUUUUGGUAAUUUAUUUAAACUACAAUACAAUGGAUGGAGAAUGAGAGUGGGGAGCAUUGGAGGAAAUCCCCAGGCCCACAAUGUGUAGUAGUAAUGUAGCUAGUAUUGACCCUUUACUUCUAAUUAUUAAUCAACAAAUAUAUGCAGCCAUAUGCUCAGUGUUACAUCACAGGCAACUGAAGAGCAAGUGAGGGCUCAAACUCACAAUUUAUAUUGGCUACUGACCAUCUCCAGGAAGGUCAGUAGAAACAGUUCAUGGAGCCCAUUUUGAUAGGAAAAUUUUUCAGUCAAAAAAUUUAGACCAGUUCUAAUCACUAAAGCACCAUAAGCAUUUAAAAGGCCAUACUGUCCUUUACAAUAAGGCUUCUUUACACCACUUUGGGAAUAUAAAGGAGCCUUAAAUUUUUUACACCUGUUUUAUACUCCUGGGGAAUUUACUAAGAACAAUGGGAACAAUUCACUAAGCAGGCAGGCUGCUACUUUCUACUCUGCCUGUGGGAACAGAGCCUGCCCCACACCUGUCUUCUCAGAUAUACCCCAAAGCCCUGCCCCUUCACACUGAGCAUUCCGCAAUAGCGAGCGAGAGGGAUAGAGUGUAUCUUUCUCUCUCACACAUGACUGCCCAGCCAUCCCACCCCAGCUGUGAUUUACAUCUCUACCGGCUGCUCCGGGCACUCAAACUAGCCUGCCUGCACUUCUGGGGAGCGGCGUGUGACUGCUCUUGCGGCUUCCCUUUACUUCCCCAUCAGAAAUCAUUUUUCUGUAGGGAAGCAAAGAAAUCUGCGGGGCCAUGAAUUCUGCGCAUGCGCAGUGACGUAGAAUUCCCCCAAAAGUAGCACAGGUAGUUGGAAAAUAUUUGGCAUGAGUAAUAAAAUCAAUAAUUUAGAAUAAGUUGCUUCCACCCACCCGCCGACCUGGGUUUUUAACAAUAAAAAGGGAAAUGUUUAUGCACAUGUUCCCAUAAGCUUGCUCUUUCAGAACUUGGAGUUUUUUUUAACUUAAUCCAAUAAAGUGCCAUGUGAAUUAUACAUCUUUAUUAGCUACAAUUUAUUUGCUGACAUUUAAUCUUGACAUGAUUUUUCUGAAGUCUUUAAGGAAAACAGUUGGUGGUAGUCUAAAUAAAGCAACAGAAAUGUAAAAAUGGAACACCAUUUUUAAUUAUUCAUUGAUUUCCCUUCCAUCCCAAAUAUUUAUUGCUUAAGUUUUUGCAAGGCAAAAUGUUGGUGAUACUGAGGGUAUGUCUACAUUGCAAUUAGACACCUGUGGCUGGCCCAUGCCAGAUGACUCAGGCUCCUGGGGCUCAGGCUAAAGGGCUGUUUAAUUGCACUAUAGAUGUUUGAGCUCGGGCUGCAUUCUGAGCUCAGGGACCCUCCCACCUCGCAGAGUCCUAGAGCCCAGGUGCCAGCCUGAGCCUGAAUGUCUACACUGCAGUUAAACAACCCCUUAGCCUGAGUCAGCUGGCAUGGACCAGCCAUGGGUUUUUAAUUGUAGUUUAGACAUACUCUGAGUAAAUACCUUAACACUUUAAAAGGCUUUACAGAAAACACUUUUACAUAAAGUAAAUCCACUGAGCUGGGUUUUCUGUUGGGUUGGGGGGAGGAGGAAGGAAGAGGUGGAGGGGGACUUACACCUAAAUUCUAAUAAGUGGUUGCCUAGUUGGGCUCCAAAAUCUGUUUUAGGCACCUCAAUAAAUGGCCUUAUAUUCUCAAAUCCUGAGUAUACAGUAACUUUCAUUGGCUCAGUUGAGAGCCAGUAGGUGCUCAGUACUUCUGAAAAUUAGUAAAUUAAGGCCCUAAUUCAGUAAAGCACUUAAGCACGUGCUUAAGUCCUAUGUGAAGUAACUUGCAAAAUCGGGGCCUAAAUAUGAGUUUAGGCUCAUAGCUUUAGAUACCCAUUUCUUAAAAUCUUGACAUUAAUCUUAGCAAAUGUAUUAAAUAAAAAUAUUUUUGUACUUAAUGCAGACUUAAGUCAAGUUGUGUUGCCUUAUAAGGAUUCCAAAGCCUUUUAAAGGAGUAUCAGACUCCUUCAUCCGAAGUGAGUGAUCAUCUCAUUUUGUUGGUCAAACUUACUUCAGUAAUUAUUUAUCAACCAGUAUUUAAAAAAAGAGAGAGAGAGAGGAUGCCUGGCAAAUACCUUUUAAAUGUAAUGUGUAGAGUAUGCCUUGUGAACAUGGUCUGUGCCUUGGAACCAAUUAAGCAGUUGCAUAUGGAGAUUUGUAUUGUCUCGCAUGUUCUACCUUGCUUUAGUUGGAUGGAAAGUAACUUGCAUCUUUGAGAUAAUUGAGGCCAUUGUAUUCAGUGAGAGUAAGGAAACAUUUACAUUCCUGGUUAACUUGUAAAUUCCUAAAGGAAUAUGAUGUUUCUAGGAAUGAAUGCAGACUUUCGUUUUGGGUUUUACUGUUUGCUUAUCUUAGAAUUUUUCUUUAAGAAUGAGUAUCUUGAAAACCCAAAUUAGAUAAGUGAUAUACAACUUCUGUAGGCCUCUAAUCAGCUUUCAAGGUAGAUGUUUUUGAAAGUAUGAGACUUUAAAAUCUUGGAAAACUGCCAGUUUCAUUUGUAUGUACCAUAUUUUCCUUAAUUAUUUCCUUUACAUUUUUAAAUUAUAUUAUCUUUAAGUGUUGAUAUUAAAAUGCAGAAUGAAUCUUUAACUGUUACCUCCUCAGUAAGCCUAGAAUCAAAUUUUAGAACGUCAUUUAAAUGACCACUGAAUGUGCUAUAAAAUUAAUUCUUCGGAUACAAAUCAGCUAUAUUGUCUUCUCAUACUAUAUUUUAAAUUAAAUUAACAGACUAAAACCAUUUGAAGAGUAAAAAUGUCACUUAAGUUUAAAAUUAAAAACCUUUUUUGGUUACUGUAAUAAUGUUUAAAGGGAAGUAAUAUUUAUCUUUUAUUUUGGUUAGAUAGGAAAUGAUUUAGCAGUUCUCCAUUGUUGUGACAGUGCUUCUGUAAGAAGUCAGAGGACACAAUCCUGCUUCCGCUGGGUGUACCCCCCAUGUAGGGGUGAUAUAAUGUUAUAUAAUACAGAGCUUUAUGGAGUUCACAGUAUAGUAGCCAUGGUUUAAUAGUUAUCACAAAGUUGGAGUAAAUACUAUUUUACUUAAUUUGUUCAACAAAUCUCAUGUAAUUGUUGCCUUGUUCUAUAUUAUCCUUGAAUGCAAUUAAGUCCACAUACUGUAGUGAUGUUUGUGCUCUGACCUACCCAUGCCCAACAUGAAAUGUAUUAUAUUGUAUACAAAAAUAACAUUGUAGUUAACUUAGAGAAGAUGUAAAUAAAAAUGAGAGAAGGGUAAAACAAGCAGAAUGAUUACAUUCUUGUGUUUGUUAUAUGCCAAAAGUGUAGAAUAAUCUUUUAAAAUGUAACACACUAAUGUACCUUGUACAGCAUCUGAUUUAAAAGGUGCCUUAAGUUUACCAUGAAUGCUUUUUUCUGUACACAGAUUAUGUCCAAUGUAUCAUUUUUAAGUAAAUAACCUUAUUUUAGUACA